AUGCGUACAUCGGAUGCACGCCCAGCUUCGCCCUCCGCAGCACCACCGCAGUCGCGGAAGUACCAGCUGUCACAGCGUCCGCUGCAACUCCCUCGGCCCCCUCCGCGGCGGUUCUUGGAGCAUCCGCAUCACAACCUUCUACCCUGUACCAGUGAUGUCAAACGUUUGAUGGAAAACGAGUACGAGCUGCGUCGCGUCGUGCGUGACGUGCUUCUGGAGAGAUUGGGCAUGGAGGGCUCGCACGUGGAGCCGCCGCUGCGGCUAUGCACCGAGGACAGUGCAGAGGUGACGGCAUCGCCAUUUUGUGCAGUAGCAUCGGUAUCAACGCCGCUCUCUUCGGCGGGGGAGAGCGCCAAGCAACCCCGAUGCGCUCACGACACCGGGCUGCGAAGCAUGCGCGCCCCUGAUGUGGAUGACAUUGCCGGCUCAUCACAGCCGACGUGGCUCAUGCCGUGGCUGCAGCGCCUGCGAAUGGAGCAGGAGAAGCAGCUGCGCCAGAUGCGAAAGAUGCUGGUCGUCGCGCGUCGCUCGGUAUCUCCCGAUAGCUCUGAUGUGGACGCGCGAGCGUCCUCCUUGAUGAAGACUACGGGAGAAGCAAGGGAUGACACGCGCACAGCAGAGCCACCGCACGCGUUACUGUGGCAGCGACACCGCUGCCUGCCCCCGGCGGACCGCCCCGAAGCGGUCGAGGCGUGCUCGACGCUGCGGGCGAUGCAGGAGACGAUGCAGGCACAAUCGACGCAGCUGGCGCGCUUGGAGGAGCUUUUGCAGGAAACCCUCAUCCCGGACACGGCACGUCGCACGAGUCACGGUGCGGGCGCCUUGCCGCUCCCGUCGCCGAGCGUGCAUCAAGUAGAAGCAGCAGCAGCAGCCCGUGCCAAUCACACCGGGCACCGAUCUAGGAGCAACGACACCGUCCUCCCUACGCUCACCCAUACUGCUGCCUCUCCCAAAAAGAACGUCCGUCGAGCUGUGCCGUCCCGCAGUGGUUGCAGCGCGGAUGUGCCGGCGGCGGCGGCAGCAGCAGCAGCAGCGACAUCAUCUCGGGUAUCGACUUGUGUCUCUGCUCCCUCACCACCACCCCGUCUGCACCCGGAAAAACGUACGCUCUGCGGCGGCGUUCACUGA